ACCAUGAUACCCCAGGUUGGCAGUGCAACUCGUCUGCUUUCCAGGUCCUCAUCGAUUUUGUCGCAUUCAGCAGCCUGGCGGUCAUCACGUAUUCCUAGUGCCCAAUUACUACACCGACGCACUCUCAUAUCUACAUCAACCCCUCCCGCAGCAACCGUCCCAGAAUUCGCAUUUGCAUUCGACAUCGAUGGCGUCCUCGUCCGGAGUUCCGAUCCUCUCCCUCGCGCCCACCAAGCCCUCUCAUACCUCCAAUCCCAACGCAUACCCUUCAUUCUCCUCACCAACGGCGGCGGCCAGCAUGAAUCCGAGCGCGUCGCCGACCUAAGCAAGAAACUCGAAGUCCCCCUCGACACGAGCAACUUCAUCCAGAGCCACACGCCGUUCGCAGACAUGGAAGAGUACAAGGACAAGACCGUCCUUGUGGUUGGCGGAGUGGAAGACAAGUGCCGCAUCGUCGCAGAACGCUACGGGUUCAAGAGCGUCGUGACGCCAGGAGACAUCCUCACAGCAUACCCGGCAGUCUGGCCGUUCUCCCAGCAGCUCCUCGACUACUACAAGACGUUCUCCCGACCGCUCCCCGCACCCAUCGACGCCUCUUCGCCGUCCACCUCCCUCAAGAUCGACGCUGUCUUCGUGUACAACGACCCACGAGACUGGGGCCUCGACCUCCAAGUCGUAAAAGACGUAUUGCUCUCCAAAAACGGCAUCCUCGGCACCUUCUCGGAGAAAAACGGCGACGCUUCCCUCCCCAACAAAGGCUUCCAGCAAGACGGACAGCCGCCAUUAUACUUUUCGAACCCGGAUCUGCUGUGGGCGGCGAAGUACCAUCUCCCGCGGUUAGGCCAGGGCGGGUUUCGCGAGGCGUUGGAGGGCGUGUGGGCAGCGUUGACGGGCGGAGAGAAGAACGGUGUCACGCUGGACAAGAUCGUAAUGGGGAAGCCGCACCAGCCUACGUAUGCGUUCGCGGAGAAGCGGCUCAUUGCGCACAGGAAGAACCUGCUAAGCCAGUUCGAUGGCAGGCUGGGCCAUUUGAAGAGGGUGUAUAUGGUUGGCGAUAACCCGGAGAGUGAUAUUUUGGGUGGGAACAGUUAUAGGAGUCCUCAUGGCACGGAUUGGGUCAGCGUUUUGGUGCAGACUGGUGUCUAUGUCGAGGGGACGACGCCGGCGCACCAGCCUAGACACAUCGUUGGAGACGUUUGGGAUGCGGUUAGCUGGGCGGCUGAGCGCGAGCAGUGGAAGAAUUGAUGCGUUUCUUGCAUAGAAAGCGUGGAGUUGGCGUGGCACUAGAUCACGAUUCAGACGGCAUAGGAAGUGCAUAUUGGAUAAUUGGGUUCUAUUCAUAUCAUCAUAGGUUCAGAAACUAUACACUACUUGACUAAUUGUCACUCUU